GCGAAACGGCAGGUGGGAAAAUGUUGCCGGAGCAAGAGGCUGUCCUCCAGGCGUGAGGGGGCGCUGUAGCCACCGUCGCGGCGACUCUUGUGCCGGCGUCUGCUCUUUGCUGCCGUGCGGGGGUCAGGGUUGGGCUGCACCGUUGCCGGGCUCGGCGCUGAGGCGGUCGUUGUGUUUGAAUCUCGGGUCGGAGCGGCAGCGGUGCAGAGAUGCAGGAGCUCAUUUCUAAUGUGGAGCACAUCAGGUUCGAGCUGGAGAUGGCGGUGGAGCAGCAGCUGGGGGCGCAGCCGCUGCCCUUCCCGGGCAUGGACAAGUCUGGUGCAGCAGUAUGUGAAUUCUUUCUGCGGGCAUCAUGUGGGAAAGGUGGAAUGUGCCCAUUUCGCCACAUCAGUGGUGAGAAGACAGUAGUGUGCAAACACUGGCUGCGGGGGCUAUGCAAGAAAGGAGAUCAGUGUGAAUUCUUGCACGAGUAUGACAUGACGAAGAUGCCAGAGUGCUAUUUCUAUUCCAAGUUUGGAGAAUGUAGUAACAAAGAAUGUCCAUUUCUGCAUAUUGAUCCCGAGUCCAAAAUUAAAGACUGUCCCUGGUAUGACCGAGGAUUUUGUAAACAUGGUCCUCUGUGCAGGCACCGGCAUACACGGCGAGUCAUCUGUGUAAAUUAUCUGGUGGGGUUCUGUCCUGAAGGCCCCUACUGUAAAUUCAUGCACCCACGGUUUGAACUACCAAUGGGUACUGGUGUUGACCAACCACCACUGCAGCAACAACAGCAGGUACUACAGAAGCAAAACGUUAAUCAGUUUCAACAGCGAUCUUCCUCCUUGGUACAAAUUACUAGCACAAACACUAGUGUCGGACAGCAGAAACCAGUUACGCAAUCUGGAGGAUCAGUACAACAAUCCCAGUUUCAGACAUCGUCAAAUCGAGGCCCCAGACCUUUGGAGCAAGUCACGUGUUAUAAGUGUGGUGAAAAAGGGCAUUAUGCCAACCGAUGCACCAAAGGACACUUGGCAUUUCUUAGUGGUCAGUAGUGAUCUCACUGGUGGAAAAGUACUCUGGGAAAACUCUCAAGUUCAACUGAUGCCCCAGAUGGAAUGGACAUUUUUUCUUGGAUGGGGUUAGGAAUUCAAAAGCUGAAUUUGCCUUGUUGUUUUUGUCCUUCCUUGCACACACUGUGAUAGUUGUUACUGGUGUAUAAGCCACAGGUUAUAAUUAUGUUUGGUGUUGGGAAGGACUGCACUCUGAAGAAGAACUACUGGAGCUUUUACUGUACCUCAGCCAUAUUUUUUAAUCUAACUUUCCAAUAAAACAGAUGGGCAGUGGAUUCAAAUGAAACUGGGAGAGGCAAAAAUACAAGUUCAACAGAUCACUAGAAGUUACCUUAAACUGUGAUAUUUCUAUUAUAGUUUGUGCAUGUUUUUUUUUGAUUUUCUAAAAUACCAAUUUUGAGGGUAGUUUUGAGAUUUCCCAUCUGUCAGGAAUUUGAACUUCAAAUUAGGAGCCUCUGUAAGCACGCCUCCCAGCCUGUGACAUGUCGAGAAUGGGGUUCAGAUUGUGUUUAGGGCAGGUAUGCAAAACUGGCAGCUAUUCAUGUCUUUCACAAGCUUGGUGCUUUUCCCUAGCAGAACUGUUUGAUGUUGAGACAUCCUGAUGAGAGGCCUGAGCUGUGUAUGCCUGCAUGUGGUUGAUGGGGUGGGAGGGCAUUGAGAAUGUCAUUAAUGUGUUUGGCAUGGAUGGAUUCCAGUCCAGGUGUAGCAUUCUAGCACACUGUACCAUGCAGACAACCACUCACAUAAAUUAACAAAAAAAAAUCAAAAAGAAAAUUCUGGCCUUGUAUAAGCAGGUGCAAAUAGCUGUUGAAAUUGUGAAAUAGUUGAUGUGGAUUAUUUUGUCACAUUGGGUUUCUUGCUAGGGUGUCUUAUUAAUUUGCCUGUAUGUUAUCACAUUUUAUAGGAAAAAAGUUUUUAGUUUUGUGGCAGAAGAAAAGAUGCGAUGAGAGUUGCAGAAAUUCUACUCUUAAAGCCUCAAUUACCAAAUGACUGUAAAGGGUUCAUUUUUAUCCAAUUUAAUAAAUAUUUUUU